AUGGACUCGGCGGCGGGGCCGAUGGAGCUGGUGGCGGCGCUGCUGCGGGGCAUAACGCCCGCGGAGCUGGCCGGCGGCGUGCCCGCGGGGGAGAGGGCGGAGGUCAGGGCGCUGCUGGCCACGCUCGCGGCCGCCGUGCUCGGCUGCGCGCUGCUCGUGCUCUGGCGCAGGACGGCGGCGGGCAAGAAGCGCAAGGACGCCGACAAGGCCUCCGCCGCGCUCGCCACGCACGGCAAGAAGGCCAGGCAGGGAACGGACGACCAGCCCGCCGACGACGGCAGGAAGCGGGUCGCCGUCUUCUUCGGCACGCAGACAGGCACCGCCGAGGGGUUCGCCAAGGCACUCGCUGAGGAGGCAAAAGCAAGAUACGACAAAGCCACUUUUAAAGUUAUCGACUUGGACGAUUAUGCAGUGGAGGAUGAGGAUUACGACAAGCUAAAGAAGGAGAAGCUAGCGUUGUUCUUUGUUGCCACCUACGGAGAUGGUGAGCCCACCGACAACGCUGCUAGGUUCUACAAAUGGUUCACAGAGGGAAAUGAGAGGGGUGUGUGGUUAAAUGACCUCCAGUAUGCUGUGUUUGGUCUUGGCAAUCGUCAGUAUGAGCAUUUCAACAAGAUUGCCAAUGUGGUUGAUGAGCUCCUAACUGAGCAAGGUGGAAACCGCCUUGUUCCGGUCGGCCUUGGAGAUGAUGAUCAAUGCAUUGAGGAUGAUUUCAAUGCAUGGAAAGAAUCUCUCUGGCCAGAGUUGGAUCGGUUGCUCCGGGAUGAAAAUGAUGUGUCCACAGGCACUACAUAUACAGCUGCCAUUCCUGAAUACCGGAUUGAAUUCGUUAAGCCCGAGGAGGCGUCCCUCUUGGACAGAAACUUCAGUCUUACAAAUGGUCAUGCAGUGCAUGAUGCUCAGCAUCCUUGCCGGGCUAAUGUGGCGGUGCAGCGGGAACUCCACUCUCCUGCUUCUGAUCGUUCAUGCACUCACUUGGAGUUUGACAUUGCUGGCACCGGUCUUACGUAUGAAACUGGUGACCAUGUUGGUGUAUACACCGAAAACUGCCCAGAGGUUGUAGAUGAGGCAGAGAAGUUGUUAGGCUACUCGUCAGAGACUUAUUUCACCAUCCAUGCAGACAAAGAGGAUGGUAAACCACUAGACGGUGGUUCUCUUGCUCCUCCUUUCCCCUCCCCAAUCACUGUGAGGAAUGCACUGGCUCGAUAUGCUGAUCUUUUAAAUUCACCAAAGAAGAGUGCUUUGGUUGCGUUAGCCACUUAUGCUUCGGAUCCUGCUGAUGCUGACCGUUUAAAGUUCUUGGCAUCUCCUGCUGGGAAGGAUGAGUAUGCUCAAUGGAUUGUUGUGAGUCAGAGGAGCCUACUGGAGGUCAUGGCAGAGUUCCCUUCUGCAAAGCCUCCACUAGGAGUCUUCUUUGCAGCAGUUGCUCCUCGUCUUCAACCAAGAUACUACUCAAUUUCGUCUUCACCUAGCAUGGCACCGACCAGGAUCCAUGUCACAUCCGCGCUUGUGCGUGAAACUACUCCUGCUGGAAGGGUACACAAGGGAGUCUGCUCAACUUGGAUCAAGAAUGCUAAUCCAUCGGAUGAUAGCUGGGCUCCAAUUUUUGUGAGGCAAUCAAACUUCAAACUUCCCGUUGAUCCUUCAGUGCCGAUUAUCAUGAUUGGCCCAGGAACAGGUCUUGCACCUUUCCGUGGCUUCUUGCAGGAGAGGUUGGUACAAAAAGAAUCUGGAGCCGAGCUGGGUCGAUCAAUAUUCUUCUUUGGAUGCAGAAACAGCAAAAUGGACUUCAUCUAUGAGGAUGAGCUGAACAACUUCCUUGAUCAAGGAGCGUUGUCUGAGUUGGUUCUAGCUUUAUCUCGUGAGGGUCCCGCUAAGGAAUAUGUGCAGCACAAAAUGGCGCAGAAAGCAUCUGAGAUCUGGGACGUCAUCUCCCAGGGUGGUUACAUUUACGUUUGCGGUGAUGCCAAAGGCAUGGCCAAAGAUGUGCAUAGAGUUCUCCACACCAUUGUCCAGGAGCAGGGAUCACUUGACAGUUCAAAGGCUGAGGGCUUUGUCAAGAACCUCCAGACAGAAGGUAGAUAUCUGAGGGAUGUGUGGUAAGAGGCGAUCUCGAGGACACGAAAUAUGCCCGAUAUACAUGGGCCACAAUAUUCAUUCAUCAAAGUACAGAAGAUUCAAGAGAAAUGUAUCAUUAGGAGAUUACUGACAUGGGACUAAGAUCAAAUGCUUUAGAAGCUUCAUGCUUUCAUUUUUCUUCUUUCCGUUCUUUGUAAGAUUAGAGAGGUUUUUGCACCUGUGUAUUAUAUAUUCUUUUCUUUUGAGCUCUUUCUAUGUAUAAGAUGAGGACAUUUUUUGGCAAUAAGCAUAUGCCAGUGUCAUGAUAUUGAUUGUCGCCGGUGUUACAAAUGA